AGCGGCAUCGCUUCGCGGGGAAGUCGGCACUCGCGAGUCGCGUCAUCGGUUUCGUACAUAUAAGCGCUCGGCAAGAGAGCAUUGCAAGUCAUUCUUCGUGAAAGGACAAACUGUAGACCAUGACUAAGGAAGAGUUAGAAUUCACCGUGGAGAACGGGGUCUUGAAGGGGAAGAAACGGGAACCCUCGACGAAGAAUCCGCAUUUGGGGAAAAUCAUUCUGGAGAACCUGAAGAGGAAGCCGGAUUUCGUGGGUCAGGUAAGUGCGCUCACCGGGGAGGAGUACACUUUUGGUCAGAUACGGGAAAAGACGAUAAGAUGCGCUCUGUGGCUGAAGAAGCAAGGCGUCUCUCCCGGGGACAUCGUCGUGACCUGUUCGGAUAACAACAUGGACUGUGCCUUACCGAUGAUAGCGUCCCUCUGUAUCGGGGCCACUUUCAAUGGCUGGGACCACAAAUUGGACGCGAAAUCCCUGAAGUACUUCGACUCCCUGGUGAAACCGAAGGUAAUCUUCGUCAACGAAAGCGCGGCCCCGGUGGUGUCCUCGGAGCUCGCCAAGGAGAAUCCAUCUCUCCGGGUCGUGGUCUUCGGCAAGGUGCCGGGGAUGCUCUCCUUCUCCGAGGUCAUCCUGAACCAGAGUGUCGAGGAGAUUCGCGCCUUCGAGUGCUCCGAAGUGUUCAACCCUGCCAUCGUGUUCUUGUCUUCCGGUACCACCGGCUGGCCCAAGGCCAUCGAGCUCUCCCAUGCCUGCCUCCUGGGGCACCUCGACACCUUCCUCACCUUUGAAUCCUACAGAGACGUCCUCGGCACAUUUUCGACCUUGAACUGGAUCAGCGGAGUGCUGAUCACCCUUGCUGCCUUGUACUCGGGGUGCAAGAGGUUCGUCUUCCCGAGCUUCGAGGAGGAGCUCAGCUGCAAGCUUCUCCAGGACACCAAGAUCAAGUGGGUGAUGAUACCCACUAACACGUUGACCAGGUUGACGAAGUUCAAGGACUUCCGCAAGUACGAUCUGUCCAGCCUUGAAGUCGUGUCUACAGGAGGCUCGGGGAUGAGUUCCACCGUGCAAAAGGCGUGCAGAAAUCUCCUGCCCGAUUGCGCCGUUCUCCAAAUGUACGGAAUGACGGAGUUUGGCGGAGUCAUAUGCGCCCAAAAGGACAACAACACCAAACUCGGCUCCUGUGGGACGGUGGUGUCGAACGUGGAGAUAAAAAUCGUGGACCCGGAGACCGGGAAAAUCCUGGGGCCGAACCAGAAGGGUGAGAUCCACGCGAAAGCGUACGAGAUCAUGAUGGGCUACAAGGGGAAUCCUCAAGCCACCAAGGAAGUCAUCGACUCGGAAGGCUUCCUGAGGACGGGAGACAUCGGCUACUACGACGAGAACGGCGAGAUCUUCAUCAUCGACAGGAUCAAGGAGCUGAUCAAGUACCGAGGGGACCACGUAUCCCCUGCCGAGAUCGAGGCCGUUCUCCAAAGUCAUCCUGGAGUGAAAGAGGCCGCCGUAGUCGGAGUGCCAGUGCCAGGGGACGACGAGCACCCCCUGGCCUUCGUCACCAGGGUUUCGGAUAGCAAGGUGACGGGUAAGGAGCUGAUCGACCUGGUAGCGGAUCAGCUCGCGGACGUGAAACGCCUGCGAGGUGGAGUGAGGUUCCUGGAGAGCAUGCAGUACACCUCGAGCGGGAAAAUCGACCGAAAGAAGCUGAAGGCGAUGGCCAGGGACCUGGCCUCCAAAGCUUGAGAUUAAGAUCAGCCGUUCAGCGUGUGAUAACG